AUGCAGGUGUCAUCCGUAACGUCACAAAUGGCUUCCGUGAAGCUGACAACUCGGCCACCGGUCGGUCAGGCAAAAAGUGAACCAUCGCCAGCCACCAACGGCAUCAGCAGCAGCAACACCAAUGACACGCCGACCGCCACCGCUACGACCACCGGAACCGCCGGUGCGACCGAACCGGAAAUCGUCGAUCCGUUCUGCAAUGCGGACAAUCCGCAGAUAAUCACCUUCCAGGACGUAACGUCGGCCGCGUUCAAAAUCCGUAAAGGUGUCGAGCUGACGCCGUGCGUGAAAUCCCAUUUCAGCGACCUGAUCGACAUGGACAUCUACUUGAAGAAGGAGUUCCUGCAGUUCACGGGCAGCUUCAAGGAGCGUGGGGCCCGCUACGCGCUGUUGAUGCUGUCGGACGAGCAGAAAAGAACGGGCGUAAUCUCGGCCUCCCUGGGGAACCACGCUCAGGGACUGUCCUAUCAUGGCUGGAAGCUGGGCAUCCCGGUGACGGUGGUGAUGCCGAUGAAAGCUUCGCUGAUGAAAAUCCAGAAAUGCCGCAACUAUCACGCCACCGUCGUCGUGCAGGGCGCGGACAUGGGUGAAGCGAAGCGUAUCGCGCUGAAAAUGGCCCACGACCGGGGCCUAACGUACAUCAACGGGUACGACCAUCCGCACAUCAUGUCCGGCCAGGGUACGAUCGGGCUGGAGAUCAUCGAGCAGGUCGCGGACAUUGACGCGGUGGUGGUGCCGGUGGGUGGCGGCGGGCUGAUUGCCGGGGUCGCCACCGCCAUCAAGAAUCUCAGCCCGAAUACCAAAAUCAUCGGCGUCGAGUCGGAAAAGUGUCCCAGCUUCACGCGAGCGCUCGAGAACGGCGGGCCGAUCUUCGUGGCGAACCAGGAGACGCUGGCCGACGGGUUGGCGGUGCCGCAGGUGGGCUACAACGCUUACGCCACCACCGUGCCGCUGAUGGACAAAAUGGUCGUCGUGAAGGAGGAGUGGAUCGCGCUGGCCAUCCUGCGGCUGGUGGAGCUGGAAAAGUGCGUGGUGGAGGGAGCGGGCGCCGCCGGACUGGCCGCCAUUAUGGCCGGCCAUCUGAACGAGUUCAUCGGGAAGCGUGUGGUGCUGCUAAUUUGCGGAGGCAAUAUUGAUACGACCAUGUUCGGCAAGUGUCUCGAACGUGGCAUGGCCGCCGAGGGUCGCUUGCAGAGAUUCACCGUGACCGUCAGUGAUGGCCCGGGCGGAGUCGCCAAACUGUGCAAUCUGCUGGCCAAGCUGGGCGUUUCCAUCAAGGACAUAAUGCACGAACGUGCCUUCAUUCGCGACAUUCACCACGUCGAGGUAAAAGUCAUCUGCGAAACGCGAGAUUGGGAGCACUCGAAGGAAAUGCGCAAAGUUCUCCAGGAGACCUACAGCAAAGUACACUUCUACGACAUGCCAAUGGCGAUCACGGAAUAG